AUGUCCCCUCACAGUGGCUUUUUCUACUUGGUUGGGAUCUGGGUUGCGUCUCGUCUCGUCCGCGCCUUGUACAAUGUCUCCCCCUUCCACCCCCUCAGCCACAUUCCAGGCCCGAAGCUCGCAGCUGCCACAUUUCUGUAUGAGGCUUGGUUUGAUUUAAUUAGAAGGGGUCGCUUCACCCACGAGAUCAGGCGAUUGCACGAAAUUUAUGGUCCGGUGGUGCGCAUCAACCCAGAGGAGCUACAUUUCAACGACCCCAAUUUCAUUGACGAGGUGUACCCCACCGCCGGGCGCCCACGAGACAAACAGGUUCACUAUGUCACCUUUGCCACCGGCCCUACUGCUGAGGCGAUGUUUGCGACCAUUGACCAUAAACACCAUCGCAUCCGACGCGGCGCGAUGAACAAAUUCUUCUCGCGUGCACAGAUUGCGCGGCUGGAGCCUGAAGUUAAGAGGCUGACCGACCAGCUCUGCGACAAGAUUAUCCGGCUCGGCACCAAGAACCACGAACCACUCGACAUCACCACCGCGUAUAGCUGCUUCACCGCCGACGUCAUCUCCGGCUACUGCUUUGGCGAGUCCUUCGGGUUCGUGGAGCAGGAGGGCUGGGAGCCCAACUUCCGAGACGCCGUUGUGGGUCUAUUGGAGACGAUCUUUCUCUUUCGGUUCAUACCUGUAACCAAACUUCUGGUACCUUUAGUCCCGUUCCUGUGGAGAUGGCUGCCCCGAUCAUUGCAGGUCUACAUGGAGGAGUCGACGGAGAAGAUGCCAGCUCGCGUCCGCCAAGCGAGGCGGGAGUUCGAGACGGGGACCAUCCCCAGCCGGCCGACUAUCUUCCACGCGCUGCUUACUUCUUCAUUGCCGGAGGCCGAAAGGACCGACUACCGGUUGACCGGGGACGGUUUGUCGCUGAACACCGCGGGGACAGAGACAACCGCCUGGACCCUUACAGUCGCAACCUACUACCUCCUGGACCAGCCAGAGACGCUUGCCCGCCUUGUGCAGGAACUCCAAGCCGCCGACGCCACCAACCGAACGUGGAUCGAACUCGAGAAACUACCCUACCUGAGCGCGGUUAUCGCCGAGGCACUCCGCCUGUCCUACGGAGUCAGCCCGCGGAGCCCGCGGAUUGCGCCGAACGAGCGCCUCGUCUACCGUGGACGGUUCCAGGGGCGCGAGAUCGUCUACGACAUUCCCCCCGGCACGCCCGUCGGCAUGUCCAAUGCGAUCAAUCACCACAAUGAGGAAGUGUUUCCAGAUUCGCAUACUUUUAGGGUGGAGCGAUGGCUUGAGGCGGAUGAAGCUCAGCGCCGCCGGAUGGAGACGAGUUUGACUUCGUUUUCGAGGGGAAGCCGCUCAUGCGUUGGAAUCAAUCUCGCAUACUGUAACCUGUACGUGGCAAUGGCGGCCCUCGCGGUGCGAGUGCUCCCCCGGACGAAACUGUUCCAGACGACCGUGGAGGAUGUGGCGUACGAUCAUGAUGUUUUUGUAGGGGUGCCAAGACGGGAAUCGAAGGGGGUGAGGGUUGUGGUUUCUUGAGAGAAACAUGAGAGUGAGGAUGAGCCAAUGGUCGGGCUUUCUUAUGUAUGGC